GCGACGAGAAGAAGAAGCUUGUCUCGCAUCGACCCCCAUCGGCAUCACUGUAAUCACAGGGUGAUAGGGCAGCACGCAGCACAAAAGGACAAAGGACGAGACGACCUUUGCCACGCACCAUCACGACUGGCCCCUCCUCCUCCUUCCACUCCUCCCUUCCCUCCACUGCGUCUCCCUCGACCAUGUCAGACGACCCCCGCGCAAGCCUCACGGCGCUCGACGACACGCUCGACCACCUCGAAGCUGCGCUCGCGCCGCUCUUUGCGCGCCCAUGGUCCGAGACGCUCGCCGGCCUGGGGCCGCUGGAACGCGCCAAGGCCGACGUGCUGCUCGCGUAUGCGAUCAACGACCUUGUUUGGGUGUACCUCAAGUCCCGCGGCCUCAACCCCGAAACGCACGACGUCAGCAAGGAGCUCGAGAGGAUACGCGGGUACUAUGGCAAGGUGAAGGACGCGGAGAACCCCGGUGCAGCCCGCCGGACAACAAUCGACAAGGCCGCCGCACACCGCUUCGUCGUCGCCGCGAUCCCCGCCUCGCAGCGCCAGCAGCAAAGCCCAGCGAACGCCAACGCCGCGCUCGCGGCGCGCCAGGCGGCAGCGGCGUACGAGGACGUCGGGCGCGCAAGCAGGUUCAAGCACGUCGCGACCGAGGUCGAGCGGCUCGUGCCCGGCGAGCCGGGCGAGGAUGUUGAGAUGGAGGAUGCCGGGGAUGCCGAGGCAGGCGGCGACUCGGACGCCUCCGCCGCCGAGCUGCUGUUAUCCGUCGAUGCGGAGAUCGAGGCUGAUGCGGCUGGCGGUGCCGGCGAGGAGGUCGUGCAGGAGGAGAAGGAAGCGGAGGGCAAGAGCGGGAGAAGGAGGAGCGGGAAGAGGAAGCGCGCCGAGGACUUGGCUUAAGAAGUCCUGGUGGUGGCCGAGUCUCGUAUGUAGGGCGGGCUGCGAAGGCGGCUGGACGGUGUUGCUGGCCCCUCGAUGGCAUAGAUUCUGGUGAUGGCCCUGGGCGUCUGGGCCUUGGGCUGCAUGUACUAUAUAGAACGCUGUGAUAUGUAUUGUUCAGCAUUGA